GGACGAUCACGACGACGACGAAAGGACAUAGCGCGCCGUGAAAACAAACCAAGGUCGAACAGAUCAAAAGGCAUCAUUCAAUCUGGAGCAAUUUGCUCUGAGUCGGAUCAAAAUAAUAUUCUUAUCUGGACCUCGAACUAGAACGCGCUUCUUACUUAAUCAUACCCUUCACCAUCACCGCCAUAUAGCCGAAUAAUAGCAAGCAUGGUUGACUUCAAGAGUGAAACCGUCACCAAGGUGUCGGAAAAGGUCCACGAUGCCACUGAGAAGAUGGGCGACAUGCUUGACCAGGCCGAAGCUGGCAAGAUUCCCGGCACAAAGGGCCACCACCCCGUCUCUGCUGUGAUCGGUACAGCUUUGACUGGUGGUAUGAAGAACGCUGGUACUAAGGGUUAUCUGGCGGCUUACAUCAAAGAGCUUGAGGACAACCCUCUGCGCACCAAGAUGCUCACCGCUGGUACUCUUGCUGGUACACAGGAGCUCGUCGCUUCAUGGCUCGCCAAGGACCGCAACAAGCACGGCAACUACUUCACUGCUCGUGUUCCCAAGAUGGCCGCAUAUGGUGCUCUCAUCAGCGCUCCUCUAGGCCAUUUCCUCAUCUGGGCGCUCCAGAAGGCUUUCAAGGGCCGUACCAGCCUGCGCGCCAAGAUUCUGCAGAUUCUUGUCAGCAAUCUCAUUAUCGCUCCUAUCCAGAACAGCGUCUACCUCGUUGCUAUGGCUCUCAUUGCCGGCGCUCGCACCUACCAUCAGGUUCGUGCUACCGUCAAGGUCGGCUUCUGGAAGGUGAUGCGGGUCUCGUGGAUCACCUCGCCUAUCUGCCUGGCUUUUGCUCAGAAGUUCCUCCCUGACCAGCUCUGGGUCCCCUUCUUCAACAUUGUGUCCUUCAUCAUCGGCACCUACAUCAACACCAUCACCAAGAAGAAGCGUCUCGCAGCUCUCCGCAAGAAGCACUUCGGUGACGACCGUCGAUCCAACGCUGGUGAUAUGCGACCAGGCCGCCCCGAUGACUACCCUCCUCCUGGCAUGGGUGGCCCCAACCCUCCCUACUAAGCGACUCCAUCUCAAGCGCCGAUCCGAGCUCA